GCUGCUGGGCUUGGAUUUUCUCCUGUUGCUUCAGUGCUGUUGCCUCAGUUUUAGCUGUGAUUUUGAGAGCUCUUACAGUACUAAAGCAGCAUUGUGACAUUUGGAACAUUUGCCUCUUCUGUGUUCAUGAUUGUAACAGUUUCUUCAGCUGCUAUAACUGCAGCCUCUUUGUUUCCAUUUUUUACUAAGUUAGGAGUAGACAUCCAACACAUUGCUUUCACUUCUGCAACAAGGAAGUUCAAGUGGGUGCUGCAGCUGCAAUAACUCCACCUACUCCACCUACCUGAAACAGUAAUGGACUCCGGCUCUUCAUGUGUAUGACCCCGAGAUACCAAUUAAUGCAGUUCUGGCUGCAGCUUACAGACUUCUUGUUAUUAUUAAACUGCAGGAGCUGAAACAGUGUUAUCCCUUUCUUUUUGUUUUUCAAUUUUUGAAUUUUGAGAAGGAAAAAAAAUGCAGAAUUUUCGUGACAGCUCGGCUUCUCCCACUCCCCAUCGUGGGUUUUCCAGUGUGGUAGGUGGAAGUGGGAAGAAUUCCUCUUACCAGCUACAUCCUUCGGAACUCCAGAGCUCCCCACAAAUGCAGGAAGAAUAUGCUGGUGUGCAGCAGCGAAAUCCUCCUACAGAAAACCAACACCCACACCCUGCAGUUCCCCUCCAUACCAGCCAGGCAGCCCUCAUGCGGGGUUAUGGGGCUAGAAGUAGAGGUGGUGGAGGUGGGGAUGUAUUACAGGGUAACGCUAAACAUGGCAGUAAUAAUAACAGUAACAACCCUUACCGUAAAGAAACGAUGGAUUAUUAUUUUUUGAUGGGUAACAAAGACGGACAUAGAAGAGGAAAUCUGAGCUUAGUGUAUGGAGCAGGCAUGGGGUUUCAAAAUUUGGAUGGACUUGUGCCUCAGCAGUACCGAUCUGCCAGAGCUAGUUCGGGUACUGCUUCUGGUAUGUCUCAAUAUCAGGUUGACUACAGUGUUACGACUGAAUCCAGUCUCAGUAGCAGCAGUGGGGCUGGAGCCUUUUCCCCCUCCCAUCACUACAGCUUGGGUCAUAACCCCUCAGUCCAAACAGCAUCAGGAGCUCAAAUAUUGCGACGCCAACAAACCCAGAAUUACUCUUCCCAUCAAGUUAUACGCCAGGAGCAGCAGCGUAGAGAUUAUCCCUUAUCUGGACAUAGACAGCUGCCUCAGUUCCCCCACUAUGCUCAAGCAAAUGCAUCCACAGGGUCCGCAGGGGUGUAUAAUUCCCCCAAACAAAGAUACUAUAGUGGAGGAAAUGGUGGAAAGUGUAAAAUGAAUAACACAGCUAGUGCCAACUCUAAUCCAAGUUCCAUAACAAAUUCAACCAAUCUGAACCACAAUCAGUUUGAAGGUGUAGGGCAGAGUUACCCUAAUUCAGAUUAUCCAUAUAAUUCCAACCUCUCCACUCAGCAUCGCAACCACCAUCAUAAUUUAGGACCAAACUUUGACACUUCUCACAAAAUGUACCCUUCUAAUACAGUACACCAGACAGGGCAGCCUUACCCUGCACACCCCCCAUCCUCCAUCUCAUCCACAAAGUCUUCCACUUCUGCAGUUCCCCCAGCACAUCCCUGUUCUCAUGAAAUAACCAAAUCCCCCAUGCACACUCAAAGUCAACAACCCCAGUUCCAACAAAACUUCAGCCCAAUUUCUAAUCCAUCUCCAGCUGCCUCCUUAGUCCAGUCACCCAGCUGUAGCUCAUCUCCGUCACCACUUAUGGGCAUUUCUGAGGGACCAGGCAACUCCACGGCGCCCCCUGCACACCAGCCAUCAUAUCCACUCCCAAACCCCAGAAACAGCCACAACCACAACAGGCUGUUACAGACAAUGCCUCAGUUGAGUCCAACGCCUAACUCUAACAGCAGCAGCAGUAGUUGUGGGAGUAGCAGUGGCCAUGGAAACACAGCUGGCCUGAGUGCAAGUCCAGGUAGUACACAUUCCCGUAAGGGAGUGGGAUUCAAAGGAAUGAGAAAUGAACAGUACAUAUCUUCCUCCCACUACACAUCUUCUCCACAUGAGAAACAAAUCCUGGACCCUGGGACCAACAGUCUCAAUGCUUUGACUUCACAAGUGGCUAAUCUACCUAAUACUGUGCAACAAAUGCUGCUCUCUGACUCUCUUCUCUCAAACAACAGAGGCAAAGAUAGUGGACAGCAGAUACAGCAAUCACUUUAUUCCUCACUAACCAGUCAGCAAAGGAAUAGAGGCAAUGUUUCAACUACAAGGAGUGAAGAUGGUAGAACAAUGGACAGCAGUGGUACCAAUUCUGAAGGUGGAACAGAUGAGGAAUCUUCCCAUGUGAUGGAGAUGCCAAAGAGGGGCAGAAGUGAAAGUGAAGAGCACAUUUUGAAAGGUGAAGAUGGGGUAAUGAGGCAGUUAAGUGGAACUAACAGGGGAUCUGAAGCAACAGGUGGUUGUCCAGCAUCUCAGAUUCAAGUGGCCCAGGCUUUCAUCCCUGCCAAAUCACAAAAUGAACAAGAUGGUCAGGGUUCACCAUCUCAUGUGGAAAUGGAAGCAUCCAAAAGACACAGCAAAACUUCAAGCUCUCCUUGUGUUUCACAAACAGAAGUGGGUGAUUAUAAAACUCAUGUUUCUGUAUCUCCAUCUUCUACUUCUUCUCUCAUUAAAUCUGAUGAGAUCAAUAAAGUCCAACCCCCUCUGUGCCCUUCUCCAACAUCCUUUACUAUUCCUAAGUCACCCAGUGCCUCCCAGAUCCUCAUCUCUUCAUCUCACUCUAAUUGCUGUGAAGAAUCUUUUAGUACUAGACAUCUUCAUAGGGAGAAGGAAAGGAACGAAAGGAUUGAUACAAUGAAAACAGAGGCAGAGGAUAGUAAAGAUGCAGUGGUAAAAUUCAAAAGUGAUACCAAAAGAGGGGAUAACCAUGAUAGAGAAGUGCUUAGCAGUCAAGAGGAGAUGGAAGGAGAGAGAUACUCUCAGAUCUCCAAUAAACAGAAGGAUGAAACAGAGGGAAAACAGGAAAUGGCAAGGAGUUCUGAUGACAAAAAUAAAAACCUGACUUCUGAAGAAACCCAUAGUACAGGAGUAGGAGUAAUUGUCUCUGCCCGUUCUGAGGUAACCCAGCCAGAAUCUACAACAGACCAACCACAAACCCCCCAGACCGCACCCCUACAAAGUCUCAAUAUGGGAAAUCAUAGUUAUUACCCAAAGGAGGACACUCACUCAUACAAUUCCUUCAGAAAUGCUACUGGUCAAAAUGGAGAAGGUGAAAGAACUUUGUCUGCUAAUGCUUCUGUGCAUGGACUAAAAGUUCACUCUAAGCCUGUGUUUAGGGUCUCAUCUCACCAGUCUCAGCCUAGGAACCAAAGGUCCCCAUAUGGAUUCUCUGAAUCACUACAUAGUAGUGGGAGGAAUUUAAAAAACAGUGGGAUAGGGUCAAGUGAAGAUAGGUCAUCCAAUUUUGAUUACCAAGGUUACCAGCAACUUCAACAACAGAAUGCUGGACUCCAAAAAAGGAUAGGGGCAGUAGGAGGUGAAGGGCAGGACAGGAGAAGCAUUAGUGGUUUAGAAACAGAAAGGGGACUUGACAGUCAUGCUCACCAACAACAAUAUCCAAGUCUUCUGCAAGAAGUCUUACAAGGUUACCACAUAGACAAGCGUUAUAGGCAUACUGAAAACACAGCUCAACAGUUGCCACCCCGCAAUACUUCUCAUCAGUUUCAAAAUAUGCCUUAUCAACACCUUCAUUCAAGGCAUUCUAGCACUAUAACUGAAAGUAUGAAACCACAUGCCUAUACCCCUCAAACGGGGAUGGGUAUGGACUAUUGCAGCCCCAGUGAAACAGCUGUUCCUGGAAAGCUCUACACUUUGGGUCAGAGGCAUGAAGGUGAAGUUGGCAUGGGCCAGGAUGCUCUUCAUUCUUGGUGUUCUGGUGGAGUUGAACCAAAAGGUAUACAUUGGGGUUCUUUGGACAAGAACAAGAUGUUGACAUCCCUAAGUCGUUCCACUACCAAGUCCUCAGAACUUUCUCAACAUCCCCUUUCAAGGCACAUAAACUUAGAUGAUUACUCUGUACCAACUGGGAAACACUCCUCAAAUCAGCUUACCCCCACCUCUGCUGUGCAGCAGUUGCUGCUAAAAGAAGUCGAGUCAACAGCAGGGAAUGAAGUAUCUGUGGGACAAACUCGACCUCAAACACCAUCAUCACCCUUGCCAUCUCUGUCGUCCUUGGAGCGCCGCUCAGUCAUUUGUGAUUUUUCACCAUCUCGUCUGCAUACACCUGAAAGAGAGAGAAAUAGAGACAAAGGAGAUACUCUACCACAACCUGGUUCUUCCGGAGCUUCUGUUAUUCAGCAAUCACUUUCUGCUUCUUCGGUGUUAAAACAAGAAAGCUGUAAGGAAGAAGAGAAAGUGAAUAGGAAAAUAUUGAAGGAUGAAGCACUGCACAGAACUAAGGAGGUUGAAAACCCUCCUUUUAGUCAUCCCCCAACUAAGGAAAUUUCUAUUCAGCAUCAAAACAGAACUACCCAACCCACUUCUCACCCAUUGGACAUGAACAGUGACCCUCACAACAUGCCUAGUGUAGUUAAAGGGAUUAUUAAUUCAGCAAAUGUCACCCCUCGCAAUUCCCAACAAUCCUCUCAACAACACACAUUAAACCCUAUGCCGCUGUCUUCACCAUCACCAUCAAGGUUUCAAUCCUACUUUCAAGGCUUAGAUGAGUCAAGUAACCAUUCUGCUGGUGUAAGUAGUUUUAGUAUGGGCAAUACAGGGGAGGGUACUAUAAAAAUGAGUCCUCAGCAUUCUCACCAGCUUUCCCAUUAUCAGCAUUUAUCCUCUCACCCACAAAACCCACAACAUGCUAAUAAAUUGAAAGGUUAUCCCAACCCCCUAUCCCUCCAACCAUCAGAUAGCCAUGAUGACAGAUUUGAUUGGACAGCUCAAAAAAAUAAUAUCCAGUCCUCCUCUCUAGAUAUGGUAAUGUCCCGUGAUUCAAGCCAAAAUCAAACCUCUUCAGGAAUUAGAUCUAAUGCUAGUGUACAAGCUAAUCAGCAACACUUACCUCCUCAUCAGGAUAGAUACUAUAAUGUGGUAAAAUUGUGGGAUUCAUCAUUAUCUGGAAGAGAGAAUGACAAGAUAAUUCAGGCAGAUGCUUCCCAAAGAAACCAGCACACUGCCCCUGUUGUUCCCACUGGGUCAGUUUCCUUGCCUCCAGGCCUGCCAGAUAGGUCAAAACAUCUACAAUCGAACCCUUCUGGAGUGGUGACAGAAGAGAAUGUCAGAGCAUUCCACCCAACAUCCACACCAAUUUCUGUGAAGCAUACUGAUUCAAGUAGCAGCAGUAGUGGCAGUAAUGUGAAUGCAGUAGCUCAAGGCAAAGCCAAAAUAGGUGGCUUAGGGGACACAAACCCAUUAAUUACAAGAAGGAGAGUCCGUUCCUUCAUCUCUCCAAUUCCUGCCAAAAGGCAGCACCAGGAUAUAGAUCACAGACAGCAGCAGCAAAAAGGUGCUUCUAGUAUGUAUACUUCCCUCUUAACUAACUCUGAUGUCAGACAGCAUGUGGAUGGUGAUACAUUCAGACCAGGCACACCCCACUUCAAAUCCGUUAGCUCAAAUACAAACACAACACCUAUUCGAAAUGCUUCACCUGUGUUUCCUUCAUCUUGCAUGGGCAAAACAAAAGUUUUACCACCAAGAAAGGGACGGGGUCUCAAGCUGGAGGCAAUAGUACAGAAAAUUACACCCAAUGUUAAAAAAACAAGUAAUAAUGAUGGUAAUACCAAUCCAUCAUCAAAUCAUCUGUCUAGCGUGUCUCACACAGAAAUGACGUGCAUUCUUGACAUUGAGGAGCAGAACUCCUGUAUUAGAAAGUUCUCAAAAAUUGAAGCUGGAAGAGGGAGUUGCCUUUCCUAUGAAAGCGAAGGUAUGUCCUUUGAAGAAAUCAUGUCCUACAGGGGGGUUGAUGAGAGUGGGCCUCUGCUUCCGAGUGCCUAUCCAUAUGACCCUCACCAGGAUACACAGAUUGUCAAAUGUGACAUGACAGGAAAAGGAAGUAAUGCUGCUGUUGGGGUGCUGGAGCCGGCAUUAGACUUUGGGAUUAAGCUGUCCGGAUCUCUAAAGACAGAACCAGACUAUACAGGAGAGAGCGGAAAUGAUGAUUUAAGGAUUCCACCUGAUUUUACACUUCUAGGUCCAUUACCUCCACCCCCUCCAUUACCUUGCCCUGUACAAGCAUCUCCCCCUCCAUCAUCUUCUGCUUUGUCAGAUAUUCAGCGUUUCACUACAACUUAUCAGCAGCUAGAGACUCGAAGAGGAGAACACUCAGCAGCUACCCUUCUGAGACAAAAACUUCAAGAGAGUGGGGGAGUGGAUGGUUAUUCUGGGAGGGAUUAUCUUGGGACCAAGUCACCUUAUCAUAACCAGAAUCCAAGCCACUGCCUUUUACCCAUUCCCUCACACAGCCAUCUCCCACAUCAUCAGCAACACACAUCUGUGGGGACCACAUCAAUGAUGAGUUUGUCACAGUUUACAGAACCCAAACCCUUAGAGAAUGUAGUGCCUAAAGGCUAUUUUCCAUCAGGGAAAAAAAAAGGACGACCAGUUGGCAGUGUAAAUAAGCAAAAGCGUGCACAAGCACAGUCCCAGUCUUUGCCCGUUAAUGCUUCCCCUGUCACCCAAAUACCUACACCUGCUUCAGCUGCUACACCUCAAACAGAAGUGCAAAGUACUAGUACUACAACAGCUAUAAUUGCAAAUUAUCCUGAAGACAAUAAGACAGCUGCUUCUGUUGCUCCUGCUACUGUAUCUCAGACAGAAAAAGCAGAUGUAGAUAGUGAAGAGACACAGCCAGAGGUGGAAGUGAAACCUCGCAGGCAGAGAAGAAGAAAGAAAGAAGGUGUGAUCGAGGGAGAUGGAAUGGAAUGCAGUCAAAGACAGAGGACAAGAGGAGCUGGAGUGUUUGAUAAGGCAAAGUUGCAAGCUAGGACAGAAAGUGGAGGAAAUGUCAGUAAUAGUGGUGUUUUGCCCUCUCUCAGAAAGUCAGUUUUUGUUCCAUACAUUCAUGUAGAGAGUAAGAUGGAGGAGAUUGGCAAUGUGUGCACCAUUGUGAAUGCUGUAGAUGAGAGGAAGAAAGGGGAAAGUGGAGAAGAGAGGGGAGGAAGAUGGACAGGGAAGGAAGAGGGGGGAGGGUCCAUUACACCUUUAAACUCAACACUAACUUCUCAACUGGCCAGAAAAGAUGAAGAAAGGGAGAAGGUGAAAGAGAAAAGACAUUCAGAAAAGGUAGACACUUCCCUUAUUCAGUCCAGCCCAACAGGGAAGGCUCUUCCUUCAUCAGGAUAUGUUAUUUCAGGAUCUGUGGUGACUGAGAUCAGCGCUUUUGGUCAUCUUCUAUGCUGCUUGUGCAAAAAAUGGGCUAACUACAAAGAUCUUGGGGACCUCUAUGGACCAUACUAUCCUCCUGAAUAUGCUACAAGGCUUCCCAAGAACAACCCAGUGAUUAGACAGAGCCUGGGAACCACCAGUGUAGGCAUGAGAAGAUUAUGUUCAGAAGCAGCUGUGGCUGAGUCAACUAAACAGGAGAUGUUGCCUAUAGAGGUCCAAACCUGUACAUUUGCCACAGAUGCUAAUUCUUCAGAAUAUCAGGUUACAGAGCCGUCUGCUGUUACAACAACAGACACAACAUCACUAAUGGGUGGAGUGGAUACUCCUAUUCAUUUUGGCAGCUACAGGGACAAAGAUAAAGGAAGGGAAGAUUGGGAAUUGACACAAGAACUGACAACUACAAGUGGCGUAUUGAACCAAGAAGAACAACUAGAUGAACUCUCACAUCAGCUGCAGACCCAGCAACAGACAGAGGAUGCUCAAAAAAGGUCCCAACAUAGAAAACUAACCUCCCACCCACGAUUCAAAAGGCGACACAGAUCCAGUGAGGAUUUACCAAAAAUGGGACCCAUCAACAAUAAAGCCUUACUACCCUUUCAGCCUCCUCCACCGUCGUCACUUCCUAACCAGGACCCUUCUGACCCAUCAGCACCAUUGUCCCUGCUUCCUCAGGUGCCCCUAGACCCAGAGGAGCUGUGGGUACAUGAGGCAUGUAUCGUCUGGGCCAGUGGUGUGUUUCUGGUCAAUGGGAGGCUCUAUGGUCUACAGGAGGCACUAGAUGGUGCCAGAGAUACAUGCUGCUCUCAUUGCAAGAUGAUGGGUUCAACCCUUGGCUGCUACAGCAAAGGCUGCACAUUGAGAUAUCACUAUUUGUGUGCCAUGGAGGCAGGGUGCAAUCUGAAUCAAGACAACUUCUCACUGCGGUGUCCGAAGCACAAGUUCUCUCUGAACAAUAGACCAGUGAAGUCAGUGUAUCAGGAGCUAUCAGAGAGAGGAUGAGAGAAAUGGGCUGCAACACUGAAGAGGUUGGACUGGUUAGCGGGAUGAAAAAUGGAAGACAGUGGAUGAAUGCAGCAUGAGAACGAAGGACAGAAUGGAUUAAGAUAAGGAAUUUUCUGAAGAAAAGGAAACAAAAUACUUUGUAAUAAUGCAAAAAAAAAAAAAACUAAAAUGAAUAUUCUGUCAUCUUUUAAAAAAAGGAAGAUACACACAAUGAACGCAGGAGAAAAGGAAGUGAACUGAACUGAAAGAGCAAAAAAAGUGAAGACAGACCCACACACUGAGAGCAAGAAUAACUUUCUCCGUUUCAAAAGCUUUGAAUUUGUGGGGAAAAAAAGAAAACAAAUGAACUGUUUCACUUUUUGUCAUAUGGUUAUUAUUUUUUUAAUCCUAAAACAAUGAUAUGAGAGAGGAGAACUGGGAACAAGUAUGGGAGAGAACACUAAAAGAAUGUAAACAUGGAGGGGAAGGACUGGAGCAGAGAGUGGAAGAAGGGCAGUGUAUUCUGUUACUAUCAUCAUCAUUAUUGUUUGGUUAUUGGUUAUUAUGAUUGUUCAUUUUUAAUGCUGUCAGUAUUUUCUGCUUAAUUCUGAAUGGGGCCAUCUGAGUUUAAAAUUCACUAUUAAACUAUGAAA